AUGCGCUUCCGAGGGACGCUGCGCAUGGUCCUGCUGGUUCUGCUGGUCAGGACCUGGCUGGUCGGGAGCGAGAACCGCCGUCCCACCUCGAAAGAACACCUCGAGCACCGCGACCGGAGCUUCAAGAACCGCUAUGCCUGCGGGUUUGGGGCGCUGGGGAAAGUGGACUCGGGCUCAGGGAUCCAGAGAAGGGAGGUGGAAGACGGCCAGGAGGAGCUGACAGCACCCAGUGGGUGCCCGUACGCAGCCGGUAGUCUAGGCGCCCAACCAGCCCAGCCCCGGGGGACAGAGCUGCGGGCGCCUUUUCCAGCCACUUCGUUUCGGGGACACCUGUGGAAUUGGGAUUCCCUCUUCUGGGAGCAGCUGAACGCUGCUGGGAUUUUUAGAGGCGCCGUUCCCUCUGUCCGCUGCAGAGAGGAACGAUGGACGCCUGAUCCGAGCAAGGAGAGUACCUGGGCACUCAGUAGCUUUGAGCCGCGGGCUGGGCCUAACAACUGUGCCAACCAGACCGUGGUACACAGCAUUCUAGAGAGACUGAUGGCCUCCUACGACAACCGGCUCAGGCCCAACUUUGGAGGUGCACCUGUGCCCGUGGGAGUGUCUUUGCAUGUCACCAAUAUUGAAAAAAUAUCAGAGGAAUCCAUGGAGUACACGAUCACGUUGUAUUUACAUCAAACCUGGAGAGAUUCCCGUUUAACAUAUCAUGAAACAGACCAGAAUCUGACGCUCGACAGUGUGAUGUUGAACAAGCUGUGGAUCCCCGAUUGCUACUUUCUGAACGGCAGGAAUUCUUUUGUGCAUGAGAGGACUGUGGAAAACCGCAUGUUUCUGCUUCAGCCUGAUGGAACCCUGCACUAUGGCAUGCGAUUCACCACCACAUUACCUUGUGGCAUAGAUCUGCAUAACUAUCCUCUGGACAAGCAGGCCUGCAAGCUGGACGUGGAGAGCUAUGCCUACUCUGAUGAAGACCUCAUACUGUACUGGAAUGGUGGGGAUGAUGCAGUCCACGGUACUGAAGAUCUCAUCAUCCCGCGGUUCACCAUGCUGGAAAGGACCCUGUCACUCAAAGAUAGCUCUUUCUACACUGGUUGCUAUACACGCCUGGUAAUGAACUUCGUGCUCCAGAGGCAUUUCUCUGGCUACUUCGUACAGGUCUAUUGGCCCAUCAUCCUUUUCACUAUCAUCUCUUGGAUCGCAUUUUGGAUGAAAUGUGACUCCUCCUCAGCGAGGGUGACAGUGGGCCUGUCUUCGACACUCGUCCUGAACUCCAUCAGCACAUAUGUGCAGGAAAACCUCCCCCAAAUUACAUGUAUUAAGGCCAUCGACAUCUAUAUGGCAGUCUGCUUCGUCCUAGUGAUCCUGUCCUUGAUAGAAUAUGUCUACAUCAACUAUGUUUACUAUAGCCGAAGAGGCACCCGGCGCCAUAAUAGACAACGCAGGAGAAUCCGAAGAAUUAUGAGACGCUACCGCUUUGAGGAGGUAAUUUUUCAGGUUCGCUUUUUGGAAUUACACACAGGCCUAGUGAGUGUCAGAACUAGAUUCCCCAUCACUCCUGCCAAGCAGGACAAGCCGGCCCCUCUGGCCACCUCAGAUAGCCUCAGCUCUUUGAACUCCAUCAUAAUACAAGCCCCUCUGGCCUCCUCAGAAAGCUUGAGCUCAUUGUCCUCUCCAAGCAGGUCCUCUGAAGCCACCAGAGACAGUCUGGAUGAGAUGCCCUCUACCUCUGCACAGGCCCUGCAUAGGUCUGGUAUGUCUGGAAAUGGUUCCAAGGAUGACAGCAUCGUGCCUUCCUCCCAAAUUCACAUGAAGAUGGAGACCACCAGUACUAUUGCCGAAGAACCAACUAUGAAGUCCAGCUUAGAUGAGAGCCAUGAUACUCUGACCCAACAGAGUCAAAACAGAAGAGCUUUUCCUAAUAUCAGUGAUAUACUUGAAUAUGAUCCUGAUGGUCCAAUUGGUGGUGUCAAACCAAAACGUAAUGACAUUGACAUUGAGAAGGGCCUCAUAAGUACGGAUGAAGAGUCCUGGGAUCUUAGCAAAGGUUUUAUGGGCUCUGACCAAGAUAAGGACAGUUCCUCAGCAUCUGAUGAUUCCGUUUCCUCUAAUGCUAAAUGCUCCGACAAGUUCUUUAAUCCUGCCUAUAUCUAUCUAGUUGACAAGGGCUCCCGGUACAUCUUCCCCUUUAUUUUUGUGAUGUUCAACUUUAUUUACUGGAUCUUUCAUUGCAAUUAG